CCUCAGGCCGCUGGCGCGGUGCUGGCAGUUGCCGGUCGGGCGGCGGUGCCGGCGGGGAUGUGACCAGCGGUCCCUCGCCUCACCUGCCGUCCUUGGGCCCGUAAGUCACUGGACGACCCGCACCAGGGCCGCAGCGGAAGAGGCAACGCGAUCUCCACACGAUUCUGUCAAAUUUUAAGAACAAAUGCACCUUAUAGCUCAUGGAAGAAAAAACACAAAUCAAGACAUUUUUGGGUUCCAAGUUGCCAAAGUAUGGAACAAAAUCUGUAAGAAGUGCACUGAAGCCAAUGUCAAAUGGGACACCUGUUAAUUUACUGGGAACUUCCAAGAGUAGCAAUGUCAAAAGUUACAUCAAAAAUAAUGGCUCCAGUUGUCCAUCAUCCUAUUCAUUUAAUUGAAGAAUGGCAACUAAAUACCAGCUUAGUGCACAAGGUGCUGAAGAGCCUAAUGAUACUCAAAGUUCACAUGAUAAAGUAAUUGAUUCUGAAAAACAUGCACCUACUCAAGGAACGGUUGAUAAAAAUGGGAUGAAGGGAGGUUUGAAAAGUAUUUCCUUACUUACAUCAAAGUUAGCAAAGCCAUCCACUAUAUUCGUGUCAUCUACAGAGGAGUUGAAACAAAAGUCUUUGUCUGGGCCAUCUAACCUGGGUAAAUUCACCAAAGGCACAUUAUUAGCAAGGACUUCAUAUUCUUCAGCCAGUGCUCCAAAAUCACAGUCGAAUGGAUUUUAUGGAAACUGAUCAGCUGGCAUGCAAAGGCCUAGAACAAACUCUUGUGCUACCAGAAGCAGUUCUGGAGAAAGCUUAGCAUCCCUAGACAAUAUUAAAUCUCUUACUUGUGAAAAAAUGAGUUUUUUUCAUUCCAUUCCGAAUUUAUUCCUUCCACCUUCAUCUAUAAUCAGAUCACAUUCCUUCAGUCGAGCUACAGAUCUUACAAAGCCUUAUCAGAACCAACAGCUGCUCAUUAGAGUGCCCCUGAGGUCAAGUAUGCUAACAAGAAAUUCUCAGCAGUCAGAAGUACUCAGUGGGAAUGAACAUUUAGGGUAUGAAUUUAAUAGGCCUUAUGCUGCUGGUGGAAAGAAGUUGGCUUUACCAAAUGGUCCAGGUGUAACUUCCACUUUGGGUUAUAGGAUGGUUCGUCCUUCUCUACUGAAGUUGAGCCGACCUCCAUUUUCUGGGACUGUCACAGCUGAUGGUAAUAAAAAUUUACCUACUGACACGUGUGUGGAGGAAGAUGCUGCACUUUUGGCUAAGGACAGAGCUGCUGAUAAGGACCAAGAGCUAACUGAGAAUGAUAGUUACAGAACAGAAAAUAACCAGACCAUCAAGUGUAAUACUAAAAUUAGAUACAUGAGUGAUGAUGUGGAUGACAUUUCCUUGUCUUCUUUGUCAUCUUCUGAGAAGAAUGAUUUAAGUGAAGACUUUAGUGAUGAUUUUAUAGAUAUAGAUGACUCCAACAGAACUAGAAUAACUCCAGAGGAAAUUUCUCUCAAAGAAGAAAAACAUGAAAAUGUGUCACCAAAGGAUAUAUUUGAUUCUUCCAAGGAAAAUGAAAAAUCCUUCAGUAAAACUGAUGAGUGGAUAGAUAUAAAUGUCUCUUCCAGGAGUAAAUGUACCAAACAUACUUCUGGGAAUAACUUGAUUUCACCAGAUACAGAUUACAGAGCUGGUUCUUCAUUUGAACUUUCUCCAUCUGAUAGCUCUGACGGAACAUAUAUGUGGUAUGAAGAGGGCUUGGAGCCCAUUGGAAAUGUGCACCCAGUUGGAAGCUAUGAGUCCUCUGAAAUGAACAGCAUAGAUCUUUUGAAUAACCUUGAAUCAUGUGACCAUGAGGAUGAUGACCUUAUGCUUGACGUGGAUCUGACCGAGGAUGCACCUCUUGAAAAUGUGGAGUGUGAAAAUAUGAACCGCUUUGACCGAUCAGAAAGAAAUGUUCGGCAGUCUCAGGAAGGAUUUUGGAAAAGGCCACCACAGAGGUGGAGUGGACAGGAACAUUACCACCUCAGCCAUCCUGACCACUAUCAUCACCCUGGAAAAAGUGACUUGAGCAGAGGCUCUCCCUAUAGAGAAUCUCCUUUGGGUCAUUUUGAAAGCUAUGGAGGGACCCCCUUUUACCAGGCUCAGAAGAUGUUUGUAGAUGUACCUGAAAAUACAGUGAUACUGGAUGAAAUGACCCUUCGUCACAUGGUCCAGGAUUGCACUGCUGUAAAAACACAGUUACUCAAACUGAAACGUCUGCUGCAUCAGCAUGAUGAAAGUGGUUCAUUGCAUGAUAUUCAACUAUCAUUGCCAUCCAGUCCAGAGCCAGAAGAUGGUGAUCAAAUAUAGAGUGAAUAUUUAUUAAAUGAAAUAAAAGAACUUAAAGAGGAAAUAAAGAAAAAAGAUGAAAAAAUCCAACUAUUAGAAAAUCAGCUUGCAACUCGGUAUAACUGCCACCAAAAAUCUAAAGAAGGAAAAAGCACAUAUGCUGAUAAAUACACCCAAACACCUUGGAGAAGAAUUCCUCCUCAAGUACUACAGCCUUCCAGCAGCCUUCCCAGACCCACAGACCACACCCAGGGAAAACUAAUAAAGCCGCAACAUAUCAAGGCCCACAGUGAAUGCACAAUCCGGGACAGACAUUAGAGUGUUGCACAUCUGAAUGAACGCUUUACACAUGGCUUGCAGCAAGAAAGCAACUGUGGUCUGGAAGACUGGCCUUUUUCAUCAAGCCUACAUUUCACUAAGGAUGUGGCUAAAAGUACACCUUCUAAAGCAGACUUGAACAUGACCAUGAAUGCUCAAGAACCUUAUCAUUUGGCAAAUAAUCAAAUUAGUGACCUGCAAUUUGUACCUACUUCUCUUCAGACACUUCCCCAGUCAAGUACAGUAGACCAGGCUAAGAGAGUUGGAAGAAGUCAGUCUUCACUGGAGGACCAAACGUCUCAACCCAAGUCCUUGCAGCUUUUUAAGCUUUCCAUCUCGAAUUCUUUGAUACCUCCUUCAGUUUCAGAAUCGUCUCCAAGUAGGACUCCCACUUGUAAGAAGUCAUGAAUAAUCACACCAUGUACUUCAGCAAAACUUCAGCCAACAUCUAGUCAAACAAAUCUUGCAAAUAAUCCAAAUCUGAAAGUGUCUAAGCCCCGUCCCCCUUCUGGCUCUUUCAAACAAAAACAAAUAAGCAGCCCCUACCCAGAGCCUCAAAACUUCCAGGCCAAGACAGGCAUCCCAAGACCAUUAACAAGAAGAAGAGAAACCAUGCAGAAUUUGAAUGGCAAUUUGAAUUCUGGAGAUUGUUUGCCCUCUAAUCGAUUUUCCCGUCUUCCUAAACCAAAAAUACAUUAAGUACAUAGCCAUCGCCUGCCAAUUUGCUUUUUUAAAAAACAAUG